AUGUCUCACGGCAGCAACGGAAUAACCAGCAACACCCUGUUCAGCAGUCAGGGAAGAAUGGCCCAGUACCACCAAGAACAGAUCAUGGGGCAAGCAUAUCAUGCAUGGUUCAAGAGGGCCGAUCAGUUUGACGUGGACCCGAGAUUCCAAAAAGAGGACCUUUCCCUUAUCAAAUUUGAUAUGCUUAAUUCUGACCUCUUCAUUCUUGAUGAACCUGAUGUCACCCCCGUCCGUCGCGGAUGGGGCUCUUGUUUAAUUGGCAGGUUCGCUGGUCGGUUCCCCGGCAAGGAAGCUAUAUUCAACCUUAUGAAGCGAUGGAAGUGCAUAUCACGAGUUACCUUUCACCGGAAAGGGUGGCUCUGCUUCCAGUUUGGAAGCGACGAAGCGAUGGAAAAGAUCCGCCAGCAAGGUCCGUUUGACAUCUUCGGGAUACCAUUAGUGCUUCAACCUUUGCCGAAGAAGUUUGAUCCGGAUAUGGAACCUGAAGUCAUGGUCCCAAUUUGGCUGAGGCUAGUGGACUUGCCCUUGGAACUAUGGAACCUUACGGCGGUGAGCAAGAUCGCCUCAUGUAUCGGGACCCCGCUAUCUACAGAUUUCAGCACCUUGAGGCGUGAGACUUUGGAUGGCCCUCGCAUUCAAGUCAUCAUUGACACUGCAAAACGACCAAAGGAGUCCCUCUCGAUUCGGCUACCAAGCGGGGAUUAUUUGGACCAAAAAAUUGAGUAUGAGUUCAUCCCAAAAUUCUGCAAAGCAUGCAAAUCUUAUUGA